AUGGCUUUCGAAGUCGCUGCUGUCAAAUCACCUUCGCUUGAAGUUUCUGCUUCAAACAAUGUUGUCACUGUUCGCAUAAUCGACACCGGGAACAGAUUAUCCAUACCUACGAGUUAUUGUUCGGACCUCGUUGUUAAGUGUCAUGAGAUCUCCAGAUCUCCUCAGUUUUCAUUUCCUAUUGAGCAUUCGUCGGGCAAAAAGAUCCUCUUCGACUUGGCCACUCGCAAAGACCCUGAGAACUUCGCCCCUGCUCCCCGUCAAAUAAUGGCUGCAGGCGGUCUAGUAUUCGAUGGCGACAAGGAUGUCGUAGAAGUCCUCGAGAAGAAUGGCAUCAAGAGGAAAGAGAUUGAAGAAGUUUUUGGAGGUAGAGUUCACUGGCACCUGGACCACAUAGGCGACAUGUCACGCUUUCCAUCCAGCACGAAACUUAUCGUCGGACCCGGUUUUAUUAACGCCUUAGUCCCUGGCUAUCCUGCUGAUGAGCAUAGCCUGAUACUAGAAAGUGACUACAAAGACCGACCUUUGAUCGAACUAGCUUUUAAAGGAGAUAAAGCCUUGAGAUUCAGCAAAUUUGAUGCCAUAGAUUGGUUUGGUGACGGAAGUUUUUACAUUCUGGAUGCUCCAAGGCACACUGUGGGCCAUAUCAAUGCACUGGCGCGCACUACCCCGGACACUUUCAUCUACCUGGGCGGCGAUGCCUGCCACCAUUGUUGUGAGUUCCGACCAAGCGAAUACGUCCCCCUCCCUGAUGUAGUCACGCCUUCUCCUUACUCGACGCCACCAUUUGCCCCCGGAACUGAAUGCCCGGAGUCUUUCAUCUUGAAUUUUCAUCCGCAAAAAUCGCCCACAAAACCCUUCUACAAUCAGAUUGUGCAAGACGACUCGAUGCAAGAUUAUCCAAGAUUGUUGGAAUCAGCCGACAAAAUGUCUUCAUUCGACGGAGAUGAACAUGUCCUGGUUUUAAUUGCACACGACUCUUCAGUGCUGGGCAGGAUCGAUUUUUUCCCCAAGCCGGCUAAUAAAUGGAAACAGCGGGGAUGGAAGAGUGCUGUUCGCUGGACGUUCCUCCAAGACUUCAAGCCGUAA